GAAAAUGUAUUUUAGGGACAAUGUUUUACAUAAUGUGUUUAUUUUGUGAAUCGUUCCGUAAAGUCAUUUAAAGUAAUACUAAAGGAAGAAGCGGUUCCGUUUGGACCGGAGUGUCCCUUUAAGACCCGCCGACCCCUCCCCUCUUCCCGCCGGGAGCGCGCGCGCCCUAUAAGUAGCGGCCGCUCAAGUCCGCGUGUGUUCCGUGCGCGCGUGCGUCUCCGGCAGCAGCUUCCUCUCCAGCUCGGAACCCGACAGGUGUACGGCGAGCGGCAGCGGACGCUUUUCAGUUGAUGGAGCGCUGAGGGGCGCGGGCCACACCUGGACACACCUGAGCGUCACCGGAACCUGCGCGUGCUCAGCGAGUCUCCUCCCGGGUCCGCGGAGCGUCCAGAUGUUGAUCCACACAUACUCAGCCAUGGAGCGGGCGGACGGACUCAGCGGAUCCUCUCCGAGCGGCCGCCUGUCGCAGCUCUCCUCCCUGAACCAAGCCGCCUACUCCGCGGCUCCCCCGCUCUGCCACACACCGGCCUCGGACUUCCAGCCGCCCUACUUCCCGCCGCCCUACCCGCAGUCCUCGCUGCCGUACUCCCAGAGCCAGGACUCGGCCUACUCGCACCUGCCGGAGCCGUACCCCUCCAUCAACCCGCUGCACCAGCACCAGCAGGCGGCCUGGCACUCCCAGAGGUCCCGCUCGGAGGACGGCGGCCUGCUGUCGCAGUCGCACCGGGCGCUGAGCCUGGACCCCCGGCGGGAGUACGCCGCCGUGCCGCGUCUCCUGCACGGGCUCGGGGAGGGCGCGGCGGCGCUGGGGGACGGAGCUCUGGGGAUGCACCUGGGACACCACGGCCUGGAGGAGCUGCAGGGGAUGGAGGAAGGAUCCGCCCUGGGCAUCCUGGACCACUCUGUCAUUAAAAAAGUUCCCUCCAAGCUCAACGGCUCCGCCCUGGCGGCGCUGUCCAUCGGGAAGGAGGGCCUGGGCGUCGGCGCCGUGUCCAACCCGGCCGAGGUGUUCUGCUCCGUCCCGGGUCGCCUCUCCCUGCUCAGCUCCACCUCCAAGUACAAGGUGACGGUGGGCGAGGUGCAGCGCCGCCUGUCUCCACCUGAGUGCCUCAACGCGUCGCUGCUGGGCGGAGUCCUGCGCAGGGCCAAGUCGAAGAAUGGUGGCCGCUGUCUGAGAGAGCGUCUGGAGAAGAUUGGGCUGAACCUGCCUGCCGGGCGACGCAAGGCCGCCAACGUCACUCUGCUGACAUCUCUGGUGGAGGGUGAGGCCGUCCACCUGGCCCGGGACUUUGGCUACGUGUGUGAGACGGAGUUUCCUGCCAGAGCCACGGCUGAGUACCUGUGCAGGCAGAGCGACCCGGACCAGCUGCCGACCAGACGCAGCAUGCUGCUGGCCACCAAGGAGAUCUGUAAGGAGUUUGUGGACCUGAUGACCCAGGACCGCUCCCCGCUGGGCGGCAGCCGGCCCGCGCCCUGCCUGGAGCCCGGCAUCCAGGGCAGCCUCACCCACUUCAGCCUGCUGACGCACGGCUUCGGCACGCCGGCCAUCUGCGCGGCGCUGUCGGCCUUCCAGAGCUACCUGAUGGAGGCCGUCAAGCUGCUGGACAAGGAAGGAGGGAAGGGCCACCAUGACAAGCAGAUGAAGCACCGGAAAUGAGGAGAGCCCCGGAGCCACCUCCACCCUCAGGACCAGACUCUACCUGCCAGCCGGCUCCUCCCACUGAGGGGCGGGCUAACAAUAUCUGUACUUUAGGAACACCUGAUGGCGCCGCAUGGACCUCUGACCUCCCAGUGGGGAGGUUCUGGUUUGUUCCUGUUUCUGUGGACUCUCCAAGCCCCUCCCACCCACUCAGACACGCCCACUCCCACCUGAAGGCUCUGAAUCCAUAUCCGACUCGGUUCUGGAUCUACAGGAGUCUGGAACUGUUCAAUCUGUAGUCCACUGCAGCAAGUGCUCAUGGGAAAUGGAGUCCUCUCAGUUACAGGAGAUUUUUUAUUUUCAGGUGUUCGUAACUUAAAGUAACAGAAAUCAUUUUGUACUUUCAGUGUGUGUUUAUUAUUAUUAUUGUUACUGUUAUUAUUGUAUUACAACAUAAAUGUAAUAUAUUAUUAAAGAAUUAAGAACUCGUUCAUUCAGGAGUUUAAAUCUUC